AUGGAGCCCUGGUGCCGGACACCUGCCCCCUCCGUGGACCAGGCCGUUCUGCUGCGGCUGCUGCUGCUGCUGCUGCUGAGGCCAGCAAGUUGCUUGAGCUCAACCGUUGCCCCCGGAGCACUGUCCUCAGCUGCUCCCACUAACCCUGGCACCCUCUGUGCGCCUGGUGCCGCCUGUCACUCAGGGGGGCCUCAUGUCCCCCAGCAAACCCCCACCACUCAGAUGCCUCUGACCUUGACCCAGAUGUCACAGAGUCCUGUCUCUCAAGGCGGCAUUAACUUACCUCCCAGAGGCUGUGGCAUGUCCUAUGAGUUUGACCCCACCCUCAGGGACCCAGCGUCCAAGGUUCGGCGGUGGCCAUGGAUGGUCAGUGUGCAGGCCAACGGCACACAUAUCUGUGCAGGAUCCCUCAUCGCCUCCCGGUGGGUGCUGACCGUGGCCCACUGCCUGAUCCAGGACGACGUUAUCUAUUCAGUGCGGGUGGGGAGCCCCUGGAUCAACCAGACAGCUCAGACGACCUCCGAUGUCCCAGUGCGCCGGCUCAUUGUGAACAGCCGGUUCCAGUCUCGUCGGUACUGGUCCUGGGUCGGCAAGGCCAACAACAUCGGCCUCCUCCAGCUUGAGCGGUCACUCAAGUACAGCGAGUACGUCUGGCCCAUCUGCCUGCCCGGCCUUGACUACGAGCUGAAGGACUACUCCGUCUGCACUGUGAUGGGCUGGGGACUCCCCAGGGUGGAUGGCAGAUGGCCCCAGUUCCGGACCAUUCAAGAGAAGGAAGUCACCAUCCUGAACAACAAGGAGUGUGACAACUUCUACCACAAAUUCACCAAAAUCUCCUCGCUGAUUCGGAUCAUCAACUCCCAGAUGAUUUGUGCGAAGGACACUCACAGGGAACAUUUCUGCUACGAGAUAAGUGGGGAGCCCUUGGCCUGUCCUGUGGAGAACACGUGGUACCUGGUGGGAAUGGUGACCUGGGGCCCAGGCUGCAAGCACAGCGAGGCCCCACCCAUCUACCUGCGGGUCUCUGCUUACCAGUCCUGGAUCUGGGACAGCAUCAGUGGGCAGGCCCCGCCAGCCCUGUCCCGGGCCCUGCUCCUGGCACUGCUGCUGCCCCUCGGCCUCCUCGCCGCCCGCUGA